ACGACUGAGCAACUUCCACUCACGCACUCCCUGGCACGCCUAAAACCACGGUGAGCUCCACGGGCAAGCUCGUGCCAGGGUCCCCCUUGGACCGGCCUCCCGGUUAGCCAGCCCCCUCCGCAGGGCGUGUCCUGAAUCCGAGAGACGGCGUCGGUCCCCUCCGCCCAGCCUACAUGGUCUCAAAACUGAAAUCUUUAAAUGGGGAAAGAAAGCGCGGCCUGGUGACUUCCAAAACAAGAAGGGAAAGCGGGCGUGAAGAAGCAAAGGACGACUCGAUUCCAUUUAUAGGCAGCAAAGCAGCAGAGUGGAGUCCACGCAGGCAGAAAGUGGAGCUUCUGCGCCGUCCGGGAAGCCCCGCGAGUCUCCUGGCCGUGAUUGUCCUCCUGGCCGUGGUGCUCGACUCUGCCUGGCUCCUCACCCAGGAGCAGCAGGAUCUUCCAACCGUGAAGCCAAACUCCAGCCUCAAUGUGAAGUUCGACCCAAAGACGACGAGGCUGACUUGGGACUGCAAGGAGAACACCACGUAUGGGGAAUGCGUGUUGAUUCACAAGGAGAAGGGGCGGAUUAAGAAAAAGGUCAAAGACAACGAAUGUCACUGCACAUUUCCAGACUGUUCUCUCCACGGGGGAGUCACGCUCACCGUCCAAGUAAAUGUCAACCAGAGACGGCUUUCAGAAAGGCUGGUCUACAGUAACCCAGGUAGGGAGGGCACAGCUGCCCGAAACUUCUCCUGUGUCAUCUACGACGCGGAUUUCAUGAACUGCAGCUGGGCCAAGGGCCGAGCGGCCCCCGACGACGUGCAGUAUUUUUUGUACACGCGAUCAAAGAAAAGAAUCGAAAGGGAAUGUCCUCAUUACCUGAAAGACUCGGGGACCCACGUGGGAUGUCACCUCCGAGACCUCUCGGGGUUAACGUCGUACGGUUACUUCCUGGUUAACGGCACCAGCCAAGAAACAGGAAUCCAGUUCUUCGACUCGCUUUUGCUGUUAAAGGAAAUAGAGCAGUACAACGCUCCCGACAAUAUCACCGUCCGCUGCAACGAGUCCCACUGCCUCAUCCGCUGGGAACAGCCCAGGACCCGGCAGCCUCGGUCCAACAUGGAGUUCCAGUACCAGCUGGACAUCCAGAGAUGGCAUGAUACCAGCAGCAGUAGAAAUCAACCGAUUGUGGUUUUUGGUGACUCGGGGAAUAGGUACAACUUUCCGAAACCGGGAUCCAAAGCAAAACAUACUGUGAAGAUAAGGACAGCGGACGCCCGGAAGGCCCGCUGGGGUGCCUGGAGCCAGCCCGUUGAGUUCGGCUCCGAAGAACCUGAGUCCAGCCUGGUGCACGUCUACAUUCUGGUGGUCCUGGGGACUCUCGUCUGUGGCCUGACCCUCAGCUGCCUUUUCAAAAGCGUGUUCUCAGCCACGGCCGCUGCAGCCAGCCUCCCCCACCACAGGACCCCUGCCAGCGUCUUUCCUGUGAGCUCAGCAAUCAGGCAGGCUCUCUCAGAUGCCCCGGAAGGAAGCCCGGCACGUGCAGAAUACAGCUUGUGUGCUCUGCAAAGCCACGGGGAGACUUGGCUCACGGGGAGACCCUCCUGCAGGGCGUGUGGGUGUCCACUCGCGACGUCUCUGUCACCAGGCGACCUCCCGCCCGCGUCCCACUUGGGCGUCCUGGGCUCAGACUCCCCCCCCCCAACCCCGGAGACGAGGGGAGAUCCUGAGCACCUGCUGCAAGGUGCUGCAAGGCAUCGCGGUUCUCGGGACACGACCACGGGCUGUGGGGACGGGAACACAUGUCAUGUUUUAACACCGAGGACUGAUCUUAAACAAAAGCCGUGUCACUUCUUGUGGCUGUCAGAGCCAGUGACCACAAGCUGGGGGGCUUAAAACCACAGACAUCCGUCCUCCUGGAGCCCUGGGGACCAGAUGUCUGCGGUCUAGGUGUCCCAGGCUCGAUUCCCUCUGGAGGCUCCAGGGGAGGGUCCUCCCCGCCUCUUCCAGCUUCUGGGGGCCCCAGGCGUCCGUCCCUGGGCUGGUGGCUGCCUCCCUCCGGUCUCCGCCUCCGUCUCCACGUGGCUUCUCCGCUGUGUCCAUGUCUCUCCUCUUCUGUGUCUUAUAAGGACCCUGUCCCUGGGUUUAGGGCCACCCCCAUCCAGGAGGACCUCAUCUCAGACCCUCACUCCAUCACUUCUGGAGAGACCCCUUUUCAAAGCAAGCUCCCUUUCCCGGGCUUCCCGGGACUGUGGAAGGACUGCCCACUGAAGGAGUCCAGUGGAUCUUUGGGGCCACCGUUCCGCUCAGCACAGCGUCUUAUGAUGUCACAGGGUUGCCUCCUUCUCGUGAGAAUAAAAAUAACUGCCCAGGCGGUCGUUCAGCACCACUGAGACACUUGGGGACCGUGGAAUAGCCCUGAAAAUAUGUGCCAUCCGCAGAAAACUGGUCCGUCUGGAAUCGUGGCCUUCAAGGCUGCAUAAAUCUCCCUGCCUUUUAACAGCAGAGAGUAUGGAUUCCUCCAGGCUGCUCAAGACUGGGCACACGGCAUCACUGCCGUCUCUGCACCCGAGACAACGAAUGUUCACCUCAGUUCAGUUCCGUCGCUCACUCCUGUCUGACUCUUUGCGACCCCAUGGACCACAGCACGCCAGGCCUCCCUGUCCAUCACCAACUCCCGGAGUUUACUCAGCCUCAUCUCCAUUGACUCAGUGAUGCAUCCAACCAUCUCAUCCUCCGUCGUCCCCUUCUCCUUCCUCCGUCAAUGGUUUCUCUUCAAAGACAGUGAAUGAAGGUUCUGGAGAGACUUUCCUGGGCAUUUCCUAAGUACAUCCGCACAGUCUAUUUAUAUUCUCCACAGUCUAAGAUUGCAAGCCGUCCUGUGAUUUUUUUUUUAAGAUUUUUUUUUUUUGGUGGAUCAUUAUAUUUUUUUUAAUGUCUCUCCGUUUUUUUGUUUCUUUUUUUGGACUUUGAAAUUUUUAUUUU